GACGCGGCGGCAGCCGCCGCCAUCUGUCACCCUAACUCCGGCACCAGCAGCAAGUCGCCGCCGCCCCGCUUGUCUCCUUAGCAGAGCCUGCUUCCCGUCCUGCUAUCUCUUUCCWUAGCAGAGCCUGUUUCCCGUCCUGCCAUCUCUUUCCUCGGCAAAACCUGCUUCCCACCCUGCCACCUCUCUGCUCUGUUCUUGCUGCUUUCUUCCCCCAAUGGAUCUGGUCGAAGUAGCAUCACCUGAGCCCGGGAGGGCAGCGGCCUGGGGACCCAGCAAGUGUCCAUGGGCUACCCCUCAAAACACAAUAUCCUGUUCUUUGGCUGAUGUAAUGAGUGAACAGUUGGCUAAAGAAUUACAAUUAGAAGAAGAAGCUGCUGCUUUUCCUGAGGUUUCUGUUGCUGAAGGACCAUUUAUUUCUGGAGAAAACACUGAUACUUCCAGYGACCUAAUGCUGGCUCAGAUGCUACAGAUGGAAUUUGACAGAGAAUAUGAUGCACAGCUUAGGCGUGAAGAAAAAAAAUUCAAUGGCGAUAGCAAAGUUUCCAUUUCCUUUGAAAAUUAUCGAAAAGUGCAUCCUUUUGAAGACAGCGAUAGUUCUGAAGAUGAGGUUGACUGGCAGGACACUCGCGAUGAUCCUUACAUACCAGCAAAACCAGUUCCUACUCCCAAAAAGGGUUUUAUUGGAAAAGGAAAAGAUAUCACCACCAAACAUGAUGAAGUGGUAUGUGGCAGAAAGAAUACAGCAAGAAUGGAAAAUUUUGCACCUGGAUUUCAGGUAGGAGAUGGAAUUGGAAUGGAUUUAAAACUGUCAAACCAUGUUUUCAAUGCUUUAAAACAACAUGCCUACUCAGAAGAACGUCGAAGUGCCCGCCUCCAUGAGAAGAAGGAACAUUCUACUGCAGAAAAAGCAGUUGAUCCUAAGACACGUUUACUUAUGUAUAAAAUGGUCAACUCUGGAAUGUUGGAGACAAUCACUGGCUGUAUUAGUACAGGAAAGGAAUCUGUUGUCUUUCAUGCAUAUGGAGGGAGCAUGGAAGAUGAAAAGGAAGAUGGUAAAGCUAUACCUACAGAAUGUGCCAUCAAGGUAUUUAAAACAACCCUUAAUGAAUUUAAGAAUCGUGACAAAUAUAUUAAAGAUGAUUUCAGGUUUAAAGAUCGCUUCAGUAAACUAAAUCCACGUAAGAUCAUCCGCAUGUGGGCAGAAAAAGAAAUGCACAAUCUCACAAGAAUGCAGAAAGCGGGAAUUCCUUGUCCAACAGUUGUACUGCUCAAGAAACACAUUUUAGUUAUGUCUUUUAUUGGCCAUGAUCAAGUUCCAGCCCCUAAAUUAAAAGAAGUAAAGCUCAGUAGUGAAGAAAUGAAAGACGCCUACUAUCAAACUCUUCAUUUGAUGCAGCAGUUAUAUAAUGAAUGUACACUUGUACAUGCUGACCUCAGCGAGUAUAACAUGCUGUGGCAUGCUGGAAAGGUCUGGUUGAUUGAUGUCAGUCAGUCUGUAGAACCAACCCAUCCUCAUGGCCUGGAGUUCUUGUUCCGUGACUGUAGGAAUAUUUCACAGUUUUUCCAGAAAGGAGGAGUAAAGGAAGCCCUUAAUGAACGGGAACUCUUCAAUGCCGUUUCAGGCUUGAAUAUCUCAGCAGACAAUGAAGCUGAUUUCUUAGCAGAGAUAGAAGCUUUGGAGAAAAUGAAUGAAGAUCAUGUUCAGAAGAAUGGAAGGAAAGCUGCUUCGUUUUUGAAAGAUGAUGGAGACCCACCAGUGCUAUAUGACGAAUAGUACCUGCGCCCACUGCUUUCUUUGUCAACACAAUGGUGAUUGUCGGCUGCAAAGCUAAUGAAGUUGUGGGUGACUUGACGUACCAAAACAAGGAGGGGUGAACAAUGGUGCUUCUGUGCUUUCCCCCUUGUAACCCAUGUGCCAGAUGUGUGGAAUUUUUAGCUAAGCAUUGAGAGAAUAAAAUGUCACUACCUCUCAUCUUAUGAACAGGAUAAUAUAAUUCUUUAACAGCUGUAGAUCAUCUAGUUGAAGGAAACUGAAUUUUACAUGACUCAUGAUAUGAAAUGUUUUGAUGAGAAAUUUUAAAACUAGGUAACAUUUCUAAAUAUGGGAAGGAAAGGACAGAUGUGUUUACAAGGGAGGUUUUGUGACCACACCUUUGCGAUAUUCACCUUCCUGUUUUGUGUUGCAUUUCUCCUCAAUUAUUUUAUCAGCCUAAAAUUAGCCUUUCUCAAUUCUUCUUCCGGAUUUUGACCAUGAUUCUAAAAGAAAGUGUCUUCUUAGUGGGUAUUACAAAUGGAGAUUACAAAUGGCCUAUUCCUACUAGCCAUUCUGGUUUCAGAAUGGCUAGUAGGAAUAGGCAUGAGCAAUGUAGUUUUUAUUGGUACAUCUUGAAAAUGAACAAAAUGUUACUUUUCCCAUGCUCAUAAUCAAGAAAAGCAUCAUAGGUUUCUAAAAGAGACAAAUAUAUGAGAACUUCUUCAUCAACCAAUAGUUUAAUUUUCAAGUUUUCUACAUUUAGGUUAAAAGGUUGGGAUAUAACUCACAGCAUGGCUGCUCUACAUUUAUAAUGAAGAUGUAAAUUAUUUAGAGGGACAGAAUAUAAGACUUAACUAUACUUGCUAUAUUUUAAUGAAAUCAGUGAAAGUUCAGAUUACAUUUCAUUAAAACCAUAUACUUAUUGAUUAUUGAUUAAUUUUGAGAAAAAUAACUAGAGAUAUUAAAGGAUGAAAAAUAUGUAUAAAGUAAGUCAGAUACCAAACAAACCAACUAAUUUGAGCUGCCUAUUAAAACACUUUUAAUAGUUUUUAGCGAUGGCUACACACUGCCUUUUUUUUUUUUUUUUUUUUUUUAAGAGAAAAGCAAUCACAGUACUGGAAAAGUACAUUGGCUUUGUUAGGACUGAAGUUUAUUAACUACAACAUAAUCAUUCCUCCAAUUACUGAAGUUAUACUGGAACCAGUAAAGACCCAAACUUUCUGUCCGGUAGUAGAAAGUAAAAAUCUAAACAUUAUUUACAUUUAGAAGCUUUUCUUUUAACAUUAUUUUAAAAUGCCAAAUAUGUUCUUUCUAGAAAAAUAUUUGUUUCUGUUAUAUAGCUUUUAAUUGCAUUUCAGAGAAGUGUGAUUUGGGGUAGGCUCAUAUUUCUGAAAUGUUUACUACUCUGAAAUAAAGAUUUAGAUCACUGGCAAUUAUUGGCUUUACAGAAAUUUCAGAGAACUGAUUUUUGAAAUAAUAAUUUAAAACUUUGUUUUCUGACAUA